AAAGGGGGGUUCCGAAAAUACUUCAAGACAGCCACGAGGCAGAGGCGAUGAGCCAAUCUGCACAUUGUGUUCAUUGACUAAUCUGGACCUUACAUGUGCAGUUAAAGAAGACCCUCUGACCUGACUGAUCUCAUCCUGCCAGGAUCCUCACCCGACCUUCCUCCCAUCACCGCGUCAAAUUGUGUCUUAAAUGAGUCCCAGAGCCUCCUCGACCACCUGUAUCAGGGUUAAAAAGGAUGAGUGUGUGUGUGCUGCUACGGUCAUUAUGCUUGUGGUGGCUGUCAUCUGGAUCCUUGUUUGGGUUUUACUGAGUUCGCCGAAUAACUCCGCAGAAGUCGUCUUCGGAAAGGCUGCCGUGGCUACCGAUUCAAAGAAGUGUUCAGAAAUCGGCAGGGACGUAUUGAUGGAGAAAGGAUCAGCAGUUGAUGCAGCCAUCGCAGCUCUGAUCUGUACUGGCAUUGUACAUUCCCACAGUUCAGGGAUUGGAGGGGGUGUUAUCUUCACCAUAUAUAAUGCGUCAACAGGAAAUGUUGAGGUUAUUAAUGCCAAAGAAGUAGCGCCUACGGAUGUGGACGCAAAGAAACUUGAUGUCAAAUUGCUGACGAGUGGACCACGGUCGAUCGCGGUUCCAGGUGAGAUCAGCGGCUACGCACUAGCCCACAAAAGGCAUGGCAGGUUGUCAUGGAAACGUCUAUUUGAACCAUCCAUCCAACUGGCUAAGGAAGGACAUCCUGUUGGAGAACUCCUUGGAGGUUUGCUCAAUAAAUACAAGAAAUAUGUGAUGAAAGACGCUACUUUCUGCGAAGCGUACUGCGAUCCCAGCGGCCAAAUCCUGAAGGCAAGUGACAUAAUAAAGUUUCCGAAAUUGGCCGAAACCUUGCGAAUUAUAGCAGAGCAGGGCCCCGAGGCCUUUUACACCGGGAGCAUCGCACAACAGAUCGUCGACGAUGUGUCAAAAGCAGGUGGAAAUAUCACGCUGAAGGAUCUUGCAAACUAUAAGGCUAAAUUAGACCAACCAAUAAAGGAAUCCUUUGGCAAAUACACAAUGUAUUCUUCCAACAUUCCUUCCAGUGGGCCUGUCCUCGGAUUCAUACUCCGAAUUCUAAAAGCCUAUAACUUUUCCAGAGAGAGUAUUUCAACCCCAGAGAAGAGGAGCUUGACUUACCAUAGGAUUAUUGAAGCUUUCAAGUUUGCUUUCAUGGAGUGGAGCAAGAUAGGCGAUCCCAAUUUCACCAACAUGGACGACGUUGUCGAACAGCUGAACUCCGAUUUGUUCGCUGGGGCCAUCAAGGACAGAAUCACCGAUGACACCACCCACGAUGAGGAUUAUUACGGAUUGCCUGUCACCGUGCCCAACACCCACGGGACCACCCACCUCUCCGUGGUGGCAGAGGAUGGCAGUGCCGUAUCUGUCAGUAGUAGCAUCAACAAAUAUUUUGGAUCAAACAUCCGGUCUCGAGUAAGCGGAAUAAUAUUCAACAAUCAGAUGGCUGAUUUCUCUGUGCUGGAUGGCAGUGGAAAGACACAAAAUAUCGUUCAACCAGGAAAGAGACCGUUGUCGUCGAUGUGUCCUUCCAUUAUAAUUGACGAAAAUAAAGAGGUGAAAAUGGUGAUCGGGGCAUCUGGAGGCAGGAAGAUCAUCACAGCAACUGCUUUGGUGAUAAUGAACGCAUUUUGGUUUGGUGAUAAUCUUAUGGAGGCCGUGGAGAAGCCAAGAGUUCAUCACCACUUAGUGUCGAACAAGGCAGAACUGGAGGCGAAAAUCGAUCAGGUUAUCCGGGAUGGGUUACUCCAGAGAAAUCAUGAGCUAACCAAUUACACCUAUAGCUCCACGGUCCAGGUUGUCAUGAAGAAAGACGGCAAGUGGGUUGCCAAGUCGGAUUCCCGCAAAGGUGGUUACCCGGCCGGCUACUGAGACGCAAACAAACUCCGCAAAGGCCCAGACAGAGAACACUACACCUUCCCGCAGAGCAAAGGACAAUUCCGUGUUGCCUAUUGUUUUCCAAGUGGCAUCUUCUAUCUCAACAACAGCAGAAGAAAGAGACCAAAAAGGUGACCAAGAAAGAUCUGAUAAUUACCGUCUUCUCUGGAAAAAAUAGCUUUGUUCCUUUCUUUAAAACUUAUUCGACAUUGCGAUGGUAUCACGGCUUUUUCUGGUCAGCCGUCACCUGAGAGCGAGCCUGUAGCAAGCGCUCUGUGACGCGACCCUGUGGGAGGGGUGUUAUAUAAAUGCAAGUUGUUGUUGUUGUAUCUGCGACUCAGCCACUAGGCUCAAAACCAUAUGAAAAGCAUAAUGCCAAUAGCUCAUUGAGCUAUGUGUGGUGAGGAAGGUUUUCUUGCUUCCAGCGUGCUUUUCAUUCAAAUCUCGGAAUCAUUUCGCUGGAAAGAAAAUAUCUCUGCACACAAAUAAAAUAUGAAUAUGCGAGAGGGGAGGCUUUUUUGCUUGUUGCUGCCCCCAAAAUAUUUUUGCUACUGUUUUUGAUGUUGAAAUUUACCCCAAAUUAAAAUAUAUCAGCUCACCCACAAAUAAC